AUGAUUAUUAGUUAAAGUAAUAAUACCCCAUAAUGUAAAAUCUAUUUGUUUAGUAUAUCUAGAUUACUUCUCAAGAUUAUCGGUAACAAUCAAUGAGCAUAUUAAUUCUGAUGCUGAUGUGAAGAGGUUGUAUGAUUCGAUAGACAGGAAAGUGCCAUUUAGAAAUUUGUAAAAUGGAUAUUACAGGGGAGAAUCUGAUGGAGCCUAACGAAAGGGCAAAGGGGAAUGGAUAUCUUAGGAUGGCUUCUAAUACAAAGUAGGGAUAUGGCAAAAUAAUUGCUUGUAAGGAAAAGGCUUAACAUUGUACUGUGUCUAUGAUACGCUAUAAACAACCUAUUAUGAGUGUUACUAUGGGAAUUUCAAUAAAGGCAAGCCAUAUGGUUAUGGAAAAUUGAAGGCCACGAAUAACAAGUCGUACGAAGGAUAAUGGGAAAAUGGAUAGAUGAAUGGCUAGGGGUCAAUAUAUAUAGAGAAUUCCUAUUACAUAAAAGGUUAAUUUAAAAACAAUUAGUUAUGUGGGCAAGGGGAAAUAGAAUCAAAGGAAUAAAAUAAUUAAUGGAAAAUGGAAGGCACCUUUAUGGAACCUAAUAAAUUCAAGGGGCAAAUCACAUACAAAACAGGAUAAUACUUUGGAUCUGCUAUUUAUGAGGAGAAUUAAUGGUAGAUGAAUGGAUAAGGACAAUUCAUUUGGGAAGAUGGAUCAUAUUACAAUGGAGCAUUUAGCUAUAAUCAAAGAGAAGGAUAUGCUGUAAGUAAGUUUGGAAGCGAAAGUUAGUAGGAACUAGUCUGGAGAAAUGACUAGAAAUUUGCUAAGGUAGAACAUAAUUGAAUAUUCCAAC